GAUUACAUUGGCUUCAAUUUUUUAUCGUUUAUUGCUACUGAUCCAACAACAACAACAACAACAACAAAAUCAACAGUUGAAGGAGGAUUGUCUAAUCUUGAAAAAAGUUGUGUCAUGUUUUGUUUUCUACAUUUUCUAUAUUACUGCAAUUAGAUCCAUGUCUGGAAUUUUUUAGUAUAUAAACCAAGACGAGUCCGUGCAUUUAAUUCAUACACAUUCCUCAUCUUCUUCUUUCAACAACAACAACCACAACAACAACAAUCAUCUUCUUCUACUUAUCUAGUUGUCAUUUUACAACAAAUUCAUCACUAAUAAUCAAAAUGCUUCGAUUCAUCGUUGUUGCUUCAUUGAUCGCUUGCGUGAGUGCAGGUGGUUAUGGUGGUGGUUCAUCAGGCGGAUAUUCUAGUGGUGGCUCACGUGGCGGAGGUUAUGGAGGUGGCCGUGGAUUUGGUGGUGGAAUGAGUUUCGGUGGUGGUGGUGGUGGCGGCGGUGGCGGACAAACCGUUCAAGCUGCCGUUGUUUCUAACCAUCGUGUAGAAUUCAGAGAUGUGCCUUCUUCAGGCGGCGCCUCUCCAACAACCAUAGAAGUCGGUGCCAACGCUGUCCCAGUCAACCUUCUUUUCCGAAGUGCCUCAAGCAACCUCAACAUCCAACAAGCUCACGAUGGUGCUGGCGGCAGUGUCCAAGAAUCGCAAUCCGAAGACGAACCACACAUUCUUAAACACAGCGUUACCAAACCAAUCAUUCAAGAGGUAAACGAAAUCAUCACUCCACAACGAAGAAUACGACAAGAAAUCCUCCCGGUCCAAGAAGAAAUCCUCACAGUUGUUUCGAAAGAUGCUGGUGGCCGCGGAGCUGGUGGUUUUGGAUCUGGUUCUGGUUUUGGUGGCAGUCGAGGUUCUGGUUUCUCUGGAGGACGUAGUUCAGGCUUUGGCGGUGGCAGAGGUGGUGGUGGUUAUGGUGGUGGCUCAUCAAAAGGCGGAUACUAGAUGACAUGCCAACGAUGAACAAUGACUAUGUUGGAUAUGAAAUUUUCAUUUCAGAAUCAUCAUUUUUCAUUUUAUUUAUUUAUUUAAUUCAU